AUGGCUUCCAGCCCGCUGCCGGGGCCCAACGACAUCCUGCUGGCAUCGCCGUCGAGCGCCUUCCAGCCCGACGCGCUGAGCCAGCCGCGGCCGAGCCACGCCAACCUGAAACCCAACCAGGUGGGCCAGGUGAUCCUCUACGGCAUUCCCAUCGUGUCGUUGGUGAUCGACGGGCAGGAGCGCCUAUGCCUGGCGCAGAUCUCCAACACCCUCCUCAAGAACUUCAGCUACAACGAGAUUCACAACCGCCGCGUGGCGCUGGGCAUCACGUGCGUGCAGUGCACGCCGGUGCAGCUGGAGAUUCUGCGACGCGCCGGGGCCAUGCCUAUCUCAUCGCGCCGCUGCGGCAUGAUCACUAAGCGAGAGGCUGAGCGUUUGUGCAAGUCGUUCCUAGGCGAAAACAGGCCCCCCAAGCUGCCUGACAACUUCGCCUUCGACGUUUCGCACGAAUGCGCCUGGGGCUGCCGUGGCAGCUUCAUCCCCGCGCGCUACAACAGCUCCCGCGCCAAGUGCAUCAAAUGCAGCUACUGCAACAUGUACUUCUCGCCCAACAAGUUCAUCUUCCACUCCCACCGUACGCCCGACGCCAAGUACACGCAGCCGGACGCAGCCAACUUCAAUUCGUGGCGCCGUCACCUCAAGCUCACUGACAAGAGCCCCCAGGACGAGCUAGUCUUCGCCUGGGAGGACGUCAAGGCCAUGUUCAACGGCGGGAGCCGAAAGCGCGCGCUGCCCCAGCCGGGCGCGCAUCCCGCCUGCCACCCGCUCAGCUCGGUCAAGGCGGCCGCUGUGGCAGCGGCUGCAGCGGUGGCGGGAGGUGGGGGACUGCUGGGCCCGCACCUGCUGGGGGCGCCCCCGCCGCCGCCCCCGCCACCUCUGGCCGAGUUGGCGGGCGCGCCGCACGCGCAUCACAAGAGGCCGCGCUUCGAAGACGACGACGACUCGCUGCAGGAGGCGGCUGUCGUGGCCGCCGCCAGUCUUUCGGCCGCCGCCGCCAGCCUGUCGGUGGCCGCGGCCUCCGGCGGCGCCGGAGCGGGCGGGGGGGGCGCGGGGGGCGGCUGCGUGACGGGCGUUGGCGCCGGCGCGGGCGCGGCGGCUGGCGCCAAAGGGCCACGCAGCUAUCCGGUCAUCCCGGUGCCCAGCAAGGGCUCGUUCGGGGGCGUGCUGCAGAAGUUUCCAGGCUGCGGGGGACUCUUCCCGCAUCCUUACACCUUCCCGGCUGCAGCAGCCGCCUUCGGAUUGUGCCACAAGAAGGAGGACGCGGGCACCGCGGCCGAGGCUCUAGGGGGUGCGGGCGGCGCGGGCACGGCGCCCAAGGCCGGCCUGUCUGGCCUCUUCUGGCCCGCGGGCCGCAAGGACGCCUUUUACCCGCCCUUCUGCAUGUUCUGGCCUCCGCGGACCCCGGGCGGACUUCCCGUGCCCACAUACCUACAGCCCCCGCCGCAGCCGCCCUCGGCGCUCGGCUGCGCGCUAGGAGAAAGCCCGGCCCUGCUGCGUCAGGCCUUCCUGGACCUGGCCGAGCCUGGCGGCGUGGGCGGGAGCGCCGAAGCGGCCCCCCCGCCGGGUCAGCCCCCUCCGGUCGUCGCCAACGGCCCGGGCUCCGGCCCGCCGCCUCCUGCGGGCGGCGCGGGCGCUCGCGAUGCGCUCUUCGAGUCGCCCCCGGGCGGCAGCGGCGGGGACUGCAGUGCGGGCUCCACGCCUCCGGCCGACCCCGGCUCCGUGUCCGGGACUGGGGCCGCGGCCGCCGGAGCGGUCCCCGUGGGUGCCCGAGUGCCCGCGCCCCACCACCCGCACCUCCUGGAGGGGCGCAAAGCCGGCGGAGGCAGCUAUCACCAUUCCAGCGCCUUCCGGCCGGUGGGCGGCAAGGACGACGCAGAGAGCCUGGCCAAACUGCACGGGGCGUCCGCGGGCGCGCCACACUCGGCCCAAGCGCAUCACCACCAACACCAACAACCGCACCAACACCACCACCACCAUCAUCCCCCGCAGCCGCCGUCGCCGCUGCUGCUGCUGCCCCCGCAGCCCGACGAGCCGGGUUCCGAGCGCCACCACCCGGCCCCGCCGCCGCCCCCACCCCCGCCCCCGCCGCCUCCGCUGGCCCCGCAGCCGCACCACCGAGGCCUUCUGUCCCCCAGUGGCACCAGCUGCAGCUACCCCAGCGAGGACAGCUCCGAGGACGAGGAUGACGAGGAAGAAGAGCAGGAGGUGGACGUGGAGGGCCACAAGCCUCCCGAGGGCGAGGAAGAGGAGGAGGAAAGUCGAGACCCCGAGGACGACGAGGAGGAAGACGAGGAGACAGGGGUCCUGCUAGGGGACCCUUUAGUCGGGGGCGGCCGAUUCCUCCAGGGCAGAGGGCUGUCGGAGAAGGGGAGCAGCCGGGACCGCCCGCCGGCUGCCGCGGGCGCUUUCCCACUGGCCCUGAACUCCUCCAGGCUGCUGCAGGAGGACAGGAAACUGGGUGACCCCGGCGGCUCGGACCUGCCCCCGCCCCCGCCCCCGCCGCUGGCCUGCCAGAAAUCAAGCGGCGGCCUUAGCAGCAGCCCGGGCAGCCCGGUCCACCAUCCAUCACUGGAGGAGCAGCCCUCCUACAAAGAUAAUCAGAAAACUAAGGAAAAUAACCAAGUAAUUUUAUCUACAAAGGAUGAAAACAACUUUUCAGAUAAGAACAAGGAGCAUAGCUUUUUCAUCACAGACUCUGAUGCUUCCGGAGGAGAUUUUUGGAGAGAAAGAUCAGGUGAACACACACAAGAGACAAAUUCACCUCAUUCACUCAGAAAGGAUGUAGAAAAUAUGGGGAAAGAAGAACUUCAGAAGGUUUUAUUUGAACAAAUAGAUUUGCGGAGACGACUAGAACAAGAAUUCCAGGUGUUAAAAGGAAAUACAUCUUUCCCAGUAUUCAAUAAUUUUCAGGAUCAAAUGAAAAGGGAACUAGCCUACCGAGAAGAAAUGGUGCAACAGUUACAAAUUAUUCCCUAUGCAGCAAGCUUGAUCAGGAAAGAAAAGCUAGGUGCGCAUCUCAGCAAAAGCUAA